UGAACCACCGAAGAGGUGCGGACCAUCGCGAGGUCAGGUGCAGGUUGUGUGACUUUGAGGAAAAGAACGGCCGCAGUUGUUUAGAAAAUUUUAGAGUGUCGUCUUCAGCGGUUUCAACCCCAUUCAUUAUGUCAUCACCUGGAUGGUACGUUAGGAAUGCAAUUUUUACUUGCUACCAUUUACUCUAAAUUCCCAUCAUGACCGAUCUAAAAAAGAAGCCCGUUCUUCCAUUGGAGGAAAAUGGUAUGGAAUUCGUAACGGUAGUUUCGGUGGGUUCCGAAAAAAUUCAAAACGACGAACAUUUGGCAACAAAAAAAGAUUCGAGUUACGUUACAGUGCUUAAAAUCGGAGAAGAAGACAUUCCAAACGAAAUUACCGAAGAAGUUCUGGUGUAUCGACUACCGGGAGAAAGAUUAGGCUUUGGGCUAAAAUUUGAAGGCGGAACAAAGGCCGCCGAAUUCGUCAACCGCUUAUUUAUUCAGUCUUGUGCGCCCGACAGUCCGGCUUCGAUGGUCCAAUGUUCCUGGGGGAAAUUAAGUGAAGGUGACGAAGUGUUGAAAAUCGAUUCUUUGCCAGUGACCAGUAUGACCAGGAUUGACUGCGUUCGUUGCUUGAAGGACUCAAACGUUGUCAUCAAAUUGUUAAUCAGGCAUUUUAUUAAUAAAAGAAGUGAAGAUUUUACGGAUGAUAUAAAUUCAAGUGGUAUAACGGAAGAUUUACCUCAUGUGAUAAGUGCCGAAAAGAAAAGAACCCCGCCCCCGCCGCCCCCAGUCCCCCCGCGUAAAAUACCGCGCAAAAUGCUAAAAGAACUACCACCCCCGGUCAGUACAACUCCAUCAAAUGAAAAUGAAAAUGUUUCCCAAAAUGUGGAGCAUCUUUCCAACGGUCUACGGCGUUUUCAAUCACCGCGCAAUAGUGGCAGAUUCCGAAAAUCUCCAGAAGCCACUAAUCACCUGUACAAAGACCGCCGACUGUCUGAUGGAAGUGCAGGUCCUCCAGACGCAGAAGUGUACUUAGACUUGUUUUCACAAGAACACGGUUGUAACUUGAGCGAAUCUGACGACACCGGCAGCUCAAUUUCCACCAUCAUCGACAGGCUCAGUUCUUUUCCAACAACUACCAACUCGAGCUUUGCAGGAAGCUUACCUUCAACCCCUACAUCUAUACAAAGGCAUUUGGACUUAUGCAUUGACAAAUCUGCGGACUUUGAUGCGAUAUCCAAUGAUAGCUAUUGGUACUCGAACUUAACAGUGGAAGGGACCGACAUAGGCUCCCUAUUCAAACGGGAUCAGACUAUCCACGAAAAGGCCAGUAAAGAAAACGAAGCAGAUGCAAACCCUCUGCAACCACCUACAAAUUUCCAAGAUGCUCCACUAAGUUACGGCAACGAAGACAUGAUCAUACCCGAACCUUCUGUUAGGCCCCACUUUAAGGGAAACGAGAACUUUUUAGAAUUGGAGGAUGAGAAUGGAAAUUGCAUUAAAGACGCCACAUUUUUCGAAGGCUUGCCGGCUUCUGAUUCGAUAAGAAGCGACUUAUUCGCGUUGGAAUUGCCUAGACUAGUAUGUUUCAUGCCAAAAUAUUCAUCCCCCGAUUGUCAGGAACAAAUCGAGUGCAACACAAUCGAAUCGGUGAAAAUGUUUCUCGAGAACGAAAUUCGUACAGCAACCGAAGACCAUUCGAACAGGUCUUCCACUAGCAACAUUUACAAUAGCGAGUUAUAUAACAUUAAUUGGAAUUUAACCUCGCAGUUGGACACCAUUGGCGAAGUGGACGAGGAAGGAAGCCAGGAAACUACCUCAUUAAAAUCCUCCACGCCGAUCGUAAUUGUCGAAAAUGCGGACGAGGAGGUUGCGAAGGAGCAAAUUUUUAAAAGAUCCGAUAUGCCCGACGGGGCCGGCAGUAGUCCGACAAAUAACCAUGGGGAAACGUCUACGGAAGGGAAUGAAGUAACCUUUGACGCCGCUCCUGCGAACAACUUCUGCGACGUAAUGGACGUCCCUCCUAGUUCCUCACGUCAACCACCAGACGGUGACGAGUUCCCAGAUUACAACGAAGUCACAUCAAGCAAACCCGAACCUAGAAAGGAACCGAAGGCAAAUUGGUCGCAUAAAUUAUGGGCUACAGGCUCCCAUAAUUUAUUUAAAGAUCAACAAAGUUCCUUUAGUGUUCGAGAUAAAAUAGCGAUUUUCUCAAGUACCGGCGGUAUAACAACAUCUACCACUUUAAACAAAUCGAAUAAAAGCACGGAUGAUAUUCCAACCGCGAUCGAGAAGGAGUAUUUUGAGAAAUCCCGAAACUUGAAUAACUCCUUCCCAAAAGUCAAGCGAUCGCUCAGCACCUCAUCCAAAACUGAUCGAUGGAUUGCAGACAAGGCGUCGAAAGUAAACGGUUUGAAACAUAGCAGCUUGGCAUCAAGCAAAGCAAGAAGCUCUUUAGAUUUAACUAUGGAAAUCUCCCACACACGCUGUCUGUCUGAAGAAAAAUACGACUAUGUCGACAAUACCUACGCGCCUAGCUCCCAUUUACACACGCGAUCUCAAAGCUUAAUGGACAUAAGCUCCUCUGAUCAAUUGCCAAAGAAAGAUCGUUGGAAACUGCUUUUAGAACAACGACAACGCAGCUUAUCAAAAUUAAAAGGUUUAGUUAUUCCUGAAAAAGUAAUCGAAGUAGAUGUUCCUGUAUUGGACUUGCCAGAAAUUAAAAAUAAUAAUCUACCAAGCAUAGUUGGCGACACAAAGACUGCACUAUUACCUCCUGAGUCGACGAAUUCUUCUUGCCAUCGUAACUCAUAUGUUCCUUUCAUGUCCACGCCACCAUGGACUAAUAACCUAUCAGCUAAUGUACCUAAGUAUUCGCCCGCGUUUAAACGAAAAAGUUUACAAAUACAUUCCGAAACGUUUACCAAUGGAAUAUCAAGCUCUGUCGCUCUGACCGAUUCCACAGACAAUUAUUCCAAGCCGCAUCCCGGUAAAAUUGAUUUUUGCAACGCAAAAGUUAUCAACGAUGCACCGAAAUCACUGGAAAGUAUUACUUCCCCCACAAGGUCUGAUUCCAGUUUUGAAUAUGUUAGUAGUUCUUUCGAUAUUAAACCACACAUCAAAUUUUUCCACACAAGCACGAUUUCCCAAGAUAGAACUGAGCCUAAAAAGCAAGAGGAUGAUAGUGAUAAUGAUUCCGCUGUAAGUUCUAGUCAAUCUAGUUAUAUAUCUAGAACAUCUCCACCAUCGUCGCCAAUUACAAUACAUAGCACUUUCACGUCUCCAAGAAUAAACGCGCAGGAGUUCCUGCUCCACAAAGGCGAAGAGAGCGACCCUCAAGCAAGCUUCGAAGGUGAUAAUCACAAUCAUCGAUUGUUAAAAGCGCAGAGUGUGGAAGCGAUUAAUCGUAAAAAUAUUUUAGCUUCAGCUAAGUGUCGAAGUGGCAGGGAUCUAAAGAUCGGAUCGCCUCUCAUUCAACGUCGCUUUGAAGAGGAGGAAAAGAAAACUGUUAACGCGAGUGAUGCCGUACCAGAAGGCAAUAUGCAUAAAACCACACGAGAAGAAAAUUUAAAGAACAAUACAGUUGCUACGACCCCAAAUCCGAUCAAAGUAGAAAAACAGAACCACACAGACACAAAAAAAUUAUCACUGAAUAGUCUGUCCAACAAAUCCGAUAAGAGGGAUUUACAAAUGAAGAUUUUGCCCAAUUUUAGCACUCUACCGCGAACCAAAGCUACGAGCGUUACUGAUUUACGUAAGAGUUUUGAAAAGUUGAGUCCAUCACCAACUAUCGAAACCACCAAUAAUCAUUUUAUUAAAAACAAAUUCGAGAAUAACUUCAAAAAGGAAAUCGCAAAUAGAAAGGAUGCUCCUGUUGAAAACAAGCAGGAAAAUUCUGUUGUAACCAAUGAGACUAUUAUACUACGGCCAGAAAUUCCCGGUGGAAGUGUGGGUGUAACACUUGCCGGUGGAGCGGAUUACGAAACAAAAGAAAUAACAGUUCACAAAAUUAGGGGUGAUAGUUCGGCACAUCGUGAUGGAAGGCUGCAAAAAGGCGACCUUGUUCUAUCAAUUAAUGGAAAAACUGUUGAGGGGUUAACACACAGGCAACUAGUGUCACUGCUCAAAGAACCUUUACCUGAAAUUACCUUGGUGGUGAGCAGAGGGAAAACUUCCAAUACAGCCUCGGUGCCAACAUCACCGCGCUCACCGGAGGCAAAAUUGGCGCAACUACAGCCGAUAAAAGACACCGAUGGGACCUCACACAAGCAAACGACAAUCACAGUGUCUCUUAUAAAAGAUGCAGCGGGUAUAGGAAUAAGUUUGGAGGGAGGCAAAGAUUCACCACUCGGAAACAUGCCGCUAUUAAUAAAGAAGGUUUUCAAAGGUGGGGCCGCUGAAAAAACCGGAAAAAUACAAGUUGGCGACCAGAUUGUGUUUGUAAAUGAAACAGAUGUGUCUUCCAUGUCGCGAUUUGAAGCGUGGUCGGUUUUGAAGAAAUUACCUGAAAAUAUUACAAUAUCCUUGACAAUUAGGAGAUCGUCUAUGCCAUAAAUUGUGUGUGAUUUAUUAAAUCAAAUUAUUACGUAAUAUAUAUUUGUUGAUCAAGUGACAAACCAAUUUCUUUUAAGUAACACAUUUAUUUUCCGGUAAGAAAAUGCCAGAAAUGCAUACCGUAUUGCCAUAAUUUGUUCCAUUUUUAUAUUUUCGUUUUGUUGAAACAUAUGUAACUGUGAUGUACAAAUGUAGUUUUACUAUAGCAAAGGGGUUUAUAAUAUUUACCAUUGAAUGAUAUAGGAAUCAUUUUUUUCGGUUGAUUUGAAAAACAACAAAACUUUAUCAUUGUGCCUAAAAAGCUUUAAAUUUGAUUAAAUUAGUUAUAAAAU